UUCUGUGACUCAGGGCGGGCAGGGUCUUGGUCCUCCAGCUCGACGAUAAUUUAUAUCCCCUACGGCACACCGACUCCCCGAAUCCCACUUCCUCGAGGCAAUCGUUAUUCACCAUGCCCACCGUCGGAGUGCACAAAAGCAGGCUCUUCGAGGCUCUUGGUCAAAAGUACACGACCGAGGAGUUCGAAGAGCUUUGCUUUGAGUUUGGUAUUGAGCUGGACGAGGACACCGAGAAUGACGACAGACCAAUAGUUGACGGCGUUCGGGAGCCAGCUCAACUGAAAAUUGAGAUCCCCGCGAAUCGCUAUGAUAUGUUGUGUUUCGAGGGUAUUGCGCUCAUGCUCAACAUCUUCCGCGGCAAGCAGUCCCCCCCGAACUUCAGGCUGGUCGAACCCGCCGACGGAAACCUCGAAACUAUCCUCGUCAAGGAAGACACCAAGCAAGUCCGUCCAUUGGUAGCAGGCGCUAUCCUGCGUAAUGUCAAAUUCACCAAGGAGACUUACGAGUCCUUCAUAUCUUUACAAGACAAGCUUCACCAGAACCUCGCAAGAGGUCGCACUUUGGUCGCUAUUGGUACCCACGACUACGAUACUGUCAAGGGCCCCUUCACUUAUGAGGCCUUGCCGCCCAAGGACAUCGAGUUCACGCCCCUGAAUCAAACCAAGAAGAUGAAUGGCGAGCAAUUGAUGGAGUUCUACGACAAGGACAAGAAUCUUGGUCGCUACCUUUACAUUAUCAAGGACAAGCCAGUAUACCCCGUGAUCUACGACGCCAAUAGAACCGUAUGCUCAUUACCGCCGAUCAUAAAUGGUGAUCAUUCCAAGAUCACUCUCGACAGCACGAAUGUCUUCAUCGAAUGCACCGCCACAGACGAGACAAAACUGGACAUAGUUCUUAACAUGAUGGUAACCAUGUUCUCUGUAUAUUGUGGAGACCAGUACGCCAUCGAGCCAGUCAAGAUUGUGUCUGAGCAUAAUCAGAAGUCGAGGAUCACGCCCAACUUAUCGGCAAGAAGCAUGGAGGUAGAGAUCGAUUACCUUAACGCCUGUCUUGGUAUUCAUGAAACCGAGGAGAGCAUCUCACAGCUACUGUCAAAGAUGUCUUUUUCUGCUAAGCCCUCAAGCAAGAAGGGCUUUGUGGACGUCUCUAUCCCCCCAACAGAGCUGACAUCCUCCAAAGAUGCGGUAAAUAUCAUGGAGGACCUUGGCAUCGCCUUCGGGUUCAACCGACUUCCGCGCAUGUCUGUGAAUAGCACAACAGGACAACCUCUGACCAUUAACAAGUUGGCUGAUAUUAUUCGAUUUGAAUGUGGCAUGGCAGGUUGGUCCGAGGUGAUGCCCUUGAUUCUCUGUUCACAUGACGAGAAUUUUGCGUGGCUCAAUAGGAAAGAUGAUGGCAAGACUGCAGUCAAGCUCGCCAACCCCAAGACAGCUGAGUAUCAGAUUGUGAGAACCUCAUUGGUGCCAGGUCUCCUGAAGACGAUUCGAGAAAAUAAAAAGCACAGCAUUCCAAUCAAGAUCUUCGAGACCUCAGACGUGGUCUUCAAGGACGAGUCUGUUGAGCGUAAGGCCCGCAAUGAGCGCCACUUUAGUGCUGCAUGGUACGGCAAGUCCAGCGGUUUCGAGGAGGUCCACGGUCUGCUCGACAGAGUUAUGUUGAUGCUACGCCAAGGCUUCUUGACUUCCGAGGAGGGAUUAAAGAGUAGCAAGAGCCUAGACUUUAAGGUUUCAGAAGACCAUACUGCGCGCGACGGAUAUUGGUUGGAAGAAAUUAAGGAGGACACAUUCUUCGAGGGCCGCGUUGCCGCUAUCUACCUCAGACUCAAUGGUAAAGCAACACGGAUAGGAGAAUUUGGUAUCCUUCACCCUACUGUGCUGGAGAAUUUCGAUUUGAGAUAUCCUGUGAGCAUAGUGGAGAUCAACCUCGAAGUUUUCUUGUAGAUACUGGGUUCGAUCUAGGAGACAUGCGUCGUCAAGGUAUCUAGAAAGGUUUGAGCAAGGUGAAUCAUGAUAGAUCUGAGACGAGACGUAGCUAGAUAGACUAUAGUUAAGCAUGUCAAUAUGACCAAUCUGGAUGAACAAAUACACUGGCCCAGAUG